GACGGGUCUUUGAGAAGUUUCGUUCUCUAUUAUCGCCGAAACAUCGAAUCGGAGAUGUCUUAAGGACAACCUUUUCAUGGCAAAGCGGGACCAUGGGUGCCCAGAAUUGCCAUACCGAGGAGAUGCUGUUUCCUUUGGUCAGCAUACUAGCGUUAGCAAUGGAUUUUAUCACCGGCGAUUUAGUUUCCUGGGCUGGAGUAGAGCGCAAAGCUGCGGUGAGGUUGCUAGCCACUGGUCAUGUAACAGACUGGCGAUAUGCGUUACAGACUUGUCGAUGUGUAUUUAUCUUGAACUGAGGCUUGACAAGUGUAUAAGUUCUUGUUCUAUCUAGCUUCAGCCUUGAUUAAG